AUGAUAGCAAUGAAAAGUUACUUCAUCCUUCUUCAUCUCAUCAUUUUAUCAUCGUUUUUUAUAAUCAUUCAGCCUUUUUUGGUGAUAAAUGAUACAAAAUAUAUCAAAUUGAUGGAAAAAAAAUUAGGCAGUAAGCGUCUAAUAAAACAAUAUGCUAGCUACAGACUUUAUAAGCGAAAAUAUAAUAAGCGUGAUGAAGAAAUAAAUUUGGAACAUCGUCGAUUUAUGACAUAUCUUAAAAAUGUGAAAGAAAUUGAAAAACAUAAUGAACGUUAUGAACGUAAUGAAGAAACGUACGAAUUAGCUAUCAAUCAUUUGGCUGAUAUGCUUCCUGAAGAAUUUCGUAAACUUCACGGCUUUCAAUCAAGAAAGAUAAAACGAAAUAACUUCAAAAAUACUAUUCGCAUGAAAAUUAAUGGACCACUACCAAAAAGUAUUGAUUGGCGUACUUCAGGUGCUGUAACCAAAGUAAAAGAUCAGGGUUACUGUGGAAGCUGUUGGACAUUUAGCGCAGUGGGCGCAUUAGAAGGACAACACUUUUUACAAACAGGUAAACUGGUUGAACUUUCAAUGCAAAAUCUUCUCGACUGUAGCGAUGACACUUACGGUAAUUAUGGAUGCGAUGGUGGUCUAAUGAUGGAAGCUUUUGAAUAUGUAGUAAAAAAUGAUGGGAUUGAUACGGAGAAAUCAUAUCCUUAUCAGGGUUAUCAAAAUACCUGUCGUUACUCAAAUUCAACCCGCGGUACAACAGCUUAUGCCGGUAAAUUAUUACCGGAAGGUGAUGAAUUACAAUUGCAAGCAGCGAUUGCAACUAUUGGACCAAUAUCUGUCGCCGUUGAUGCAAAACUUAUGAAAUUUUACAGAAGAGGUAUUUUUUCAACCUCGAAAUGCACAACAAGAAUGGACCAUGCUUUACUUGCUGUUGGCUAUGGAACGGAAGAAGUGAAACUUCAAAAUGGAACCAAAAAAUCAGUUGACUAUUGGCUUCUUAAGAAUAGUUGGAGUAAACGUUGGGGAAUCGGUGGAUAUCUUAAAUUAGCUCGAAACCAGGAAAAUAUGUGCGGAAUAGGAUAUUAUGCCUGUUACCCAUUAGUACCAUCUGAUAUUAAUUAA